ACCAUUAAAAGACUACUCAAACGACGACAAUCAAUAUGGCCGCCAAAAAGAGGAAAAACGACUCAUCAUCCGGGACGAGGUAUGGCAUUAAUGAAACUUUCGACAACUCCGAAGAUGAGUUCAUUGCCGGGCGAGAUCAAAUCCUGUUAGAGGACGGUCCCGAAGCGAAAAGAAGGCGCAAGUUACAAGAAGAGGAAGCCGACCUUCAACCCUCCGAUGAGGAGGUUCUCGGGUACGAUGACGAGGAGGAAGAAGAUGAGGAUGAUGAAUAUGAAAACGAUUACACGUCCAGAAAGCGAAAAGGUGGAUCGGAUUCCGGGUCAGACAUAGGUGUCAAUGAUGAGGAAGAAGAAGAAGAAGAAGGGCUCGAAGCCUGGGGUUCCUCAAGAAAAGACUAUUACAAUGCGGAUACGAUAGAAACCGAGGCAGACGCCCUCGAAGAAGAAAACGAAGCAAAAAGACUCCAACAGAAACAUUUGAAGGCUAUGAAAGAAGCGGAUUUUGGCUUCGAUGAAAUUGGCUGGCUGGAAUCUGGCCAAGGGGCCGAAGAUGGCAAAGACGGCAAUGAUGGUGUUGUUACGGAAGUACUACCUCAAUUAGAGAUCACGGACGACAUGAGUUCCGAGGAAAAACUCAAACUGCUCAAAUCGAGGUAUCCGGAGUUCGAGCCUCUUGCAAAGGAUUUUGUCGACCUACAACCCGAGUACAAGAACAUUCUAGCAGAAGCCCAGAAAGCGGAAGAAGCCAUGACCGGUUCGGAGACGUCUGUUUCAGUACCAAUUCUCAAGUUUCGAGCACUUGCAUCCUACCUCGGGUCAAUCAGCAUGUACUUUACUCUUCUUACUUCCCCCGCAGAGGACGGUGAUGGGAAAUCAGUUGCUCUGUCGCCAGCAGAACUGCGAGAUCAUCCUAUCGUGGGGUCUUUGGUCAAAUGCAGGAAGCAGUGGGAAACUGUCAAGGAUUGGAGUAUUCCUGAAGCAUCAAAUAUCGAAGAAGACGUCGAGGCGGAAGUCUCGGGAGAAGACGUGGAUAUUGAACCAGUCGUGCAGCAAUCCUUGAAAGAUAAGAAAUCGAGCAAAGCAACCCGGAAAGAAAAGAAGACAAGCACAUCGCAGCAAGCAGCAGAGAAAGCGCGCGCUGAAGCCGAAGCCCGUCGUGCUGAGAAAAUCAAGAAAGCUGAAGCUAACUUGGCCGAUUUGGCGGACCUGGUCAAGACGUCGAGCAAAAAGUCCAAAUCAUUAUCGAAAACAACAGUCGCCCAAGCUCAAGAGGACGAUGAUUCCGAUCUCGGCGACGAAGGUGCUCUUACAACCCGCGAAGCUGAGGAAAAGGCCAGAAAGAAACGCUCUCUACGAUUCUAUACUUCUCAGAUUGCUCAGAAGGCCAACAAACGAAAUGCCGCCGGCCGAAAUGCUGGUGGUGAUGAAGAUUUGCCUUACAGAGAACGUCUCAAGGACCGCCAAGCACGUCUUAAUGCGGAAGCUGAAAGACGUGGUCGUGCCCAAGCCAACGAGGCUGAACAACUUGGCGGCGACUCUGAUGAGGAAGAUCACCGUCUCGCACGCGAAGUUCGUGGUGAUGCCGCUGGGACAGAUGACGAUGAGUACUACGACAUGGUCGCUGCUCGCAACAAACAGAAGAAAGCAGAGAAGAAGGCUCGCGCUGAACAAGCAGAGGCCGCUCAAAAGGAAGGCUACUACGAAGAAGUUGAAGAAAUCGGACCCGACGGUAAACGACGUAUUACUUACCAAAUUGAGAAGAAUAAGGGUUUGGCCGCCAAGCGGAACAAGGAUGUACGCAACCCGCGUGUCAAGAAGAGGAAGAAGUUUGAGCAGAAGAAGAAGAAACUUGCUAGUAUUCGUCAAGUGUACAAGGGAGGUGAAGGUCGUGGAGGUUACGGCGGUGAGCUUACGGGUAUCAAGAAGAAUCUUGUCAAGAGUGUUAAGCUAUGAUCAAAAAGCUCGUUUUCCAUAUAUUAUUUUGGCGUUUUAUGUAUGAUAUGGUCGGCAUCGGAUCCUGGAUACCAGUACAUAUUGCGUUUUUUCAUGGUUCAUAUCUCUACAAA